AAGAUUUUUACGCAGAGAGGCAGUCCAGUUCUCUCAAGGGUUCUUCUGACUCAGCCCUUCCCCUGGAUUCUCUCUUCGUUUUCAGUUUCGAAAUCUCUGUCUCUCCCGCGGUUCCAGAAAUGGAUUCGAUUGAUUUUGACAACGUGAAAGCAGAGAAAGCCAAGGCGUUGCGGCGUUACCACUCUCUCCGGAGCAUCGGCCGCGUCGUCCGUGCCGCGGAGGUCUGCAUCGCUCUGCUUUUCCUCUCAUGGACAUUCACGCGCCUUCCCUUCGCCGUCCAAAUCUCCAGCGAGUUUCUCCGCCGUCUCUCCGGCGUCGUUUCGACUCCUCUGUUCAUGUUCCUCCUCGGAAAUUCCAUCGUCAUUGCUCUCCUCGCCAAGCCCUCCGAUCGAUCCGCCGGCGCCGACGCUGAUUUCUACGAGGCGUUCGUCAGAUCCGGAGAGCAUCGCGCCCGGCCGUCGGAUGAGAAUCAGACCGAAGAGAUCUUGUACGACGAUAAACAGGUGAUCGUGACCGAGACAAACUCGAAUUCAAAUUCAAAAUCUGACGCGUGUGAAGAGCAGGCGUUCAGGGACGCCGAGACGGACUCGGAUUCAGAAACUGAGGAUCAUCGGGCGGAUCAGCCGAAGAUCUACCUAAGAAGCAAGUCGGAGGUUAAGUUGAAGCAGAGUCCAGAGAUUGGGGCCGAACGGUCACUCCGACGAUCCGAGACUGAGAAGUGUGGGAGAAUGGAGGAAGUUGAGGCGGAAGAGAGGGAUUAUCCGGAGGAUGAACUCAGCAACGAGGAAUUUCAGAAGACGAUCGAAGCCUUCAUAGCGAAACAGUUGAUGUUUCAUCGGCGGGAAUUUCAGGCAGUGGUUCUCCAUAACCAGGCCUCAAGUGCCAAUCACGAGUGAAACUAGGAGUGGGAUUUGGCUCCCUGUACAGUUCCCGUUAAUAUGUUUGAAAAUAGAUACCGUACGUUAUCACCGUAUGUCAUGCCAUGUUUACGUACAAAACUAUUUAGGUAUAUAUGUUCGGAUCGAAUUUCUCCAGCGAUUCGAACGGAUAAGCGCUUCAUCUGUUGUAUUAAUUAUGAACGAUACUCUAUUUUAUUCUAUUAAAAUUGGAAUUUUAAUAUU